ACUGUUUUGAUCCAUGCGAUCUUCUCUUUGGAGAUUUACACAAAUAGCUGGGCUGUGCACAUACCUGAUGGCUCUGUAGAGGCAGAACGUAUUGCACAGAAAUUCGGUUUCAUCAACCUUGGGCAGGUGGUGCUUGGCAGUGAUUUCUACCAUCUAUCUCAUCGUGGCAUUCAAAGGAAAUCCUUCAGCCCUCACUGGGGUAGAAACAUUCAACUGAAAAAAGAACCCAAGGUUAGCUGGUUUGAGCAGCAGACGCUGAAGAGAAGGGAGAAAAGACAGCCUGAUGUGGUUCCCACAGACCCCCUCUUCAGCUUGCAGUGGUACCUGCAUAAGGAUAUAAAUCUUGACUUAUGCAUCCAGACUGCUUGGAACCGUGGAUAUACCGGACGAGGCGUGGUGGUCACCAUUCUGGAUGACGGACUUGAAAAGGACCACCCCGAUCUCGCAUUAAACUAUGAUCCGGAAGCGAGUUACGAUUUUAAUGACAACGAUCCUGACCCUCAGCCCCGAUAUAACCCAUCUAAUGAGAACCACCACGGCUAUGGGCUCUUGCAUGCAUGGAAUUCUGGAUGCGCCGGCUGAAACAUGGGAGACAACGCAGCCUCAAAGAAAGUGCCUCAUAACAAUUGUGAGCACCCCCAAAAAAGUGUAUUCAGAUCUGAUUUUGACUUACAAUGUCACUGCCUGUUCUGGGUCCCCCAAUCACAUAACAUCCCUUGAGCAUGUCCAAGCCCAAAUGUCCCUCAGCUACAGUCCCAGAGGUGACCUGGAAAUCUAUCUUACCAGUCCUAUGGGCACCCGUUCUGUGCUAAUGGGCAAGAGACCACAUGAUACCAGCACUGAUGGGUACAAAGAUUGGUCCUUCAUGACCACACAAUCUUGGGAUGAAAAUCCAUUGGGCCUUUGGACCUUAGAAUUUAGGAACAGAGGAAGCUACACCAA